CUCCAAACCACCCCGCCAUUCAUCCCGAUUUCCCCCCUCCUCCCAUCUUCUGCCCCUCCAAAAAAAGAUCUCCCCAUUUGGAGCUUGCUAAAACAUUGAUCGACAACCUCCAUCUUGUAAAGCAUUCUUUUUCCAAGCAUACAAGACGUCUACAAGCUCUCCAAUUGAUCAUUGUAUCUCAAUUGGAUUCUUUACGCAUUGCGAGUGCCAUUUAUUAGACGAUUAAGCUAGCUACUUGGUCGAACACACACCGCCAACGACACAUCACCAUGGCGGACCUCAACCUCCAAGAAAUACACGACACCCUCCUCGAGAUCGCGACCGAGGCAGGCAAGAUGAUCAUGUCCGCGAACCCGGCCUCGAUUGACCAGGACACCAAGCUCAACUCCGUCGACAUCGUAACCGAAACAGAUCAAGCCGUCGAGAAAAUGGUCUCCACCCGCCUCUCCGAACGCUACCCCACCAUCGCCUUCAUGGGCGAAGAAACCUACACAAAGGGAACCCGCCUCGGCCCCGAACCGACCUUCGUCGUCGACCCCAUCGAUGGCACCACAAACUUUGUCCACUCCUUUCCCGACGCCUGCAUCUCGCUAGGUCUAGCCGUAAACCACGUCCCCGUCGUCGGCGUAAUCUACAACCCCUUCCAGGACCUCCUCUUCACGGGCAUCAAGGGAAAGGGAAGCUACAUGCGCCGCGCCGGCGGUCCAGCACAGAAACUGCCCCUCGCCAAGAACCCUAUCCCCCUGAAGGGCCUGGACUCCGCGCUGCUGGCGUGCGAGUGGGGAUCUACCCGCGACGGACCCAACUUCGACCUCAAGGCCGAGACGUUCAAGAAGUUGGCGGCGACCAAGGAGACGGGCGGCGCGAUGGUGCAUAGCAUGCGCGCGCUCGGCUCCGCGGCGCUGAACCUCGCUGCCGUGGCGGCGGGGCAGCUGGAUGCGUAUUGGGAGGGCGGGUGCUGGGCGUGGGAUGUGUGCGCGGGUUGGUGUAUCCUGACCGAGGCGGGCGGGAUCAUGGCGGGCGGGAAUCCGGGGGUGUGGGAGCCUGCUGUUGAUGAGAGGGUGUAUCUUGCUGUGAGGGGCGCUCCGGGCGGGCAGAAGGAGCUUGUGGAGGAGUUUUGGGGGGUGAUGGGGGAUAAGAAGUUGGAUUACUCUGUUUGA